AUGGAAACGUUUAAAAAGAAAGAAGUCAAGAUCACACAGCUUUGUCAGUUAUGUCAUUGCAGGAAGGCCGUUAUGAAAAGACCGAAAAAUUUGCAGAAGCUAUGUAAAGAAUGCUUCUAUCAUGUUUUUGAGACUGAAAUCCAUUUGACUAUUCAGAAGGAAAAUUUGUUUUAUAGAGGGGAAACCGUUGCAAUUGGUGCUUCUGGUGGUAAGGAUUCUACUGUUUUGGCGUCUGUCAUGAAAACAUUGAACGAAAGGUACGAUUAUGGUCUGAAUUUAGUACUAUUGAGUGUCGAUGAGGGUAUCGUGGGGUACCGUGAUGACAGUCUUGCAACAGUUAAAAGAAAUCAACAACAAUAUCAAAUGCCCUUGGAAAUCGUCUCUUAUAGAGAUCUAUACAACUGGACUAUGGAUGAAAUUGUCGCUUGCACGGGGGUAAAAUCAAGUUGUACAUAUUGUGGUGUCUUACGAAGACAAGCUUUGGACAGGGGAGCAUUGAAAUUAGGUAUUCAUCAUGUUGUCACCGGUCACAAUGCCGACGAUAUGGCUGAAACAGUUUUGAUGAAUCUUCUUAGAGGUGAUACAGCUAGAAUUGAAAGCUCGGUUAACGUCACCACAAACUCUAGUGGGUCCCCGGUUAAACGUUCAAAACCGUUUAAAUACACAUACCAGAAGGAAAUAGUGUUGUACGCUCAUUACAAAAAGCUAGACUAUUUUAGCACAGAAUGUACAUAUGCACCUGAGGCCUUCCGUGGUACUGCUAGAGUCCUUUUGAAAAAUCUAGAAUCGGUGAGGCCUUCUUGUAUCAUCGAUAUCAUUCACUCGGGCGAACAUUUCAAACUUAAACCAAAGAAGGUGAGGAAUCAGACACCGAAAUACAAGAACCUGCAGAAGCAAAGGCAUCAGUUGAAUAGUGAGGAGAAACAAGAAUUGGAAAUCAGACCAGACGGCUCCGUAUCUUUGAACAAGGACGGCAAUACAUGUGAACGAUGUGGAUAUUUGUCCAUGAACAAAAUAUGUAAAGCAUGCAUCCUGAUUGAAGGUCUUGAUGCCAAUAGACCUCGGGUAGUCAUCGGCGAAUCUUCUACCUCUUCCAGCGAUGGUGCCGCUAAGCUUUCGAAGACUCUGGAAAAACUUUCAUUCUAG